AUGGGAGCAACCUGGAUCUCAUGGAGAACAACUACAACAGUCAUCAUUACUAUACUACAAAUCCAAGCUCUGAUCAGUGUCAGAACCACAGCUGUUACCGGUGUCGAAGGUCAGAGAUUUGACUUCAGAUGUGUAUAUCCAGAUGGCUGGGUGCACUAUCAUAAGUACUUCUGCCGUGACAAUGACGGCAAUGUGUCCUCCAAUACCCUGAUACGGACAGACAAACAAAAUCAGUGGGAGACAAAGGGACGUUUCUCUCUGUUCGACAACACCUCCGGGGCCUUCUUCAUCGUCAGGGUGGACAAACUCUUCUCAUCGGACAGCGGGACAUACCGGUGUGGGGUGGAUGUCAGCCAUGACCCUGAUUAUAUCAGUUUCAUACUACUGAAUGUUUCCCGAGAGCUCCACCUGCCGCUGUACUUGACAGCAGUGAUGUGCAUGGCAGCGAUACUGUGUGUGUGUCUGUUCACACUUUGUCUUCUGCUGGCUGUCAAACAAAGAAGACCAGCUCCACGCCACAGUAGAGAGAUAUCAUCAGACUAUGAGACAAUGAUGCCCGGUGUAAGAACUGAACCUGAACUCGGCUGUAGCUGCUCGGCUCCAGACUGCGCUGAUCUUUCAGCUCUACCACUGCCACCACCUGACCUCUGCUCCCACUUCACAUCAAAGCACCGGGAGUCCACUGUCACUCUCGGCCUCGAUGAAUAUGCUGAUGUGGAUGUACCAGGGCACAUCUGCCGGUACCAGCAUCUGGAUCCCAGGCGGUUAGAGGAGCAUGUCUAUCACAGCCUUCAUGGAAACAGCGGGCCUAAAGAUGGACCUCUGGGAGUCGAAGAGCAGAUUAACUGA